ACUUACACAUUAUCUCGAUAGCCUACGCAUUUCCUUCCACCACCCCCCACUUUGUUUUUGUUUUUUUAUCAAUUAGACCUGUCGUAUUAUCGUUACACCCUUUCUAAUAGCCUAUUAAAACACCAUUAUUCAAUGCAAAUGUUUGACAUAAACAAAAAUGAAAUGUGUUAUUGCACGAGCCUACAUUAUUUGUAAACCAUUAAGGGUGUAAUUAGCCUACUGCAGUCUCAGGAAGCCUAAACCGUGAAACGGAGAGGCAGGUUCUUCCUGAAUAUUACCCUUUUCUCGUUUUUGCUGUCAAAAUAAAACAUAUUUUUUCAGAUCUGUGAUUCUGACUGAAAUGUCAAGAGAUACAGGAGCCUAGGCCUAUGUUGUGUGGUCUCCCCACGGCGACCCAAUUUGUGUCUUGUAGGACAGCCAUAAUUAUAAACAAAUAAAAUAAAUAAAUGGAUGAAUGAGCUUUACAAACAUGCCCUGGCCGGGCCCUGAAAGGAGCAACAUAUUCUUUCUGGCAUUCAAUAAUACACCUCACAUAUUGAUGGAGGCUACUUAUAGGGAACAGUAGGCUCUUUGCACUGUUUAUAACUGACUAAAAGAAGGCUUAAUUUGAUCAGAUCUUCCCAUUAAUAUUUGACACCAUCCAACCUGUAUGUGCUUCGGAAUACUGUACCUUCUGGCUUCGCUGCAUAUGGUUGCCCAUGCUGAGAAAACCAGUGAGGUGAUGUCAACAACUUCCUUCGUCUGAAAAACCACAUCCCCUCACGAGUCAACUCGCUGCUUUUUUUCUUGGUAGCACCACAGAGGGUCUGCACCAUUCCAGGGUGUGGUUACGCGACAGUCGAAGGGUGGGUCACAGCAUGACCACAUGUUACUUUCUCACAGUGAAGCAGCAGCUCUCAGCCUGAAACCUUCUCUUUUUGAUAGUGCUGCAGAGAUGAUUCUGCAGGGUCGUUAGUUGAUUUGAGUCUGAUCCGAAAUGAAAAUGAGUCACCUGACUAGAAGUUUGUUGGUUGGUAGUGAGUCAAGCCAUUUGCGGGACAUUGAGGGGAGAGGGUCGCAUGAGGGAAUGGCUGCUCUGUGAAAAUUCAGGUCAAGCCACGAAAGAGAAAAAAAAGCAGUUCACAGCACUUAUAUUUUGGGUUGUCAGUCACAGAGAUAGAGACAGUGACAGAGAAAAAAAGAGAGAGAGAGAUAGAUCAAACAAAUAAGAUACACCAGUCUUUAAGAAGCCCUGCUGACGGUGCAUUAUAGCCGGUUUUUUGUUUAUCUUGUUCUAUCUGAGCGCCACUGGCAAAUACUGUCACCUCUCUUAACCCACAUGACAGCUAACAGCAAGUUAACAAAUGAGUGAUCAUUUUGAAGUCGUUCUGCAUUUGAGUCACUUGAGACACUUGAGGAGAAACAAGACCCUCAGUUAAUGUAGAUUAGGUAACACAAUUGUGCAGUGGGAGAGGGAGGGCAGUUACCACUCUGUUUUGGAACUUUUAGGCUUAAUCUUCAGCUAAGAGUCAAAAUAUAGAGAGCAUGGGCCGCUCACGGAAACAGUCUGGGGGAGGUGAAGUAGGGCUUGGAGGGCGCUCACUUAGGUGCACUGAAGACGGCAGAGAUCUGUGGGGUCCCGGGGAGCUUUUGAGAGUUCAUAUAUGACUCAUCACUUGACAUUUCUGAUAAAGGAGUAAAAUGUGAGUGUGAGAUAGCUCCAACUGUCAUACCUACUUGGUGUCACUCAGGGGUCUGGAUGAUCUGCUCUCGGCUGGGAUCCUCUUCUUGAGCUGCACACAGGGUAAGGCCUGGGUUCCUCUCUCUUCCCAUAGUCUCUAGAAGGCUCAGGGACCUUCCGUCAGUCCGUUUUGAUGAUCAUACUGAGUGUAGGUGUCUUGCUAUUUUCUUGCUAUAAUGAAAUUGAGUGACCCUUACACAUUUGUUGAAGUGGUAUGAAUUUAUAGAGGAAGUCAACAGGGUAUCCAAAUAAUUUAUCAAACCAGUAGUCAUGGGUUUGAUUCACAGAGAGCACGGAAUGGCGCUUACAUGUGAUGUAACCUACUUUGGACAAUUUGUGUGACAUUGGUGCCAAGGUACCAGUCAGUUUUUGUUCUGAUGAAUGGGUUGCUCUUAGCUUAUAGUUGCUUCUGAUCAUGCUGUAUAAUUUCUGUUCGAAUGUGUUGGAGAAACAAUGUUAAAAAAAAAAAGAAAUACCAAAACAAAUGCCAGUGUAAUUGGUGUUUUCCCUGCUCUUGGAUGUGGGAAGACACUAUGGGUGCCUCUCAUUUGGUCUUUUAUACACCCUCCCUUCCUUCCUCGAUCCUCGUCCUCACUGAUCUAGAUAAAGAAUGAUGGGGCGGCAACAAUGGGAUAGUCUAUCCAGUGUUAGUUAUAGAUCAGUGGGAACGAGCCUCGAGGGCCGAGCAUCGAGGAGAGAGUUUGAGAGCCACCCGGUGUGUCUUUUCCAUGUGCCCCCCCAUCAUCCUGCUCCACCUUUCUCUGUCUCUCUGGCUUGUUCUCAGAUGAGGGUCUUCUGGAUUACUGUUCUCCUUUGGAACCUCAACCUCUCGCUCCUCCACUCACUCACUUGUGAUGAGGGCAAAGAGUAUAGAUGGGAAGAGAAAAAAAGUGUUUCCGACCCAAAUCCCAUUUCCAAGUGCUGCAACAAGUGCAAACCAGGUGAGCACAUGGUAGGCAGAUGCCCGAUCGGCUCCAAAGAAACAAAAUGCAAGCCAUGCAGCAUGGGAAUGUAUAUUAGUAUGCACAAUGCCUUGUCGCGUUGCGAUGUAUGCCGGGAUUGCGGAUAUGGCCAGGAGGAAGUGAAACCUUGUAAUACAUUAACGGACAGAGAGUGUCGCUGCAAGCCAGAUCACAAGUGUGGAGAUGAUGACUGCUCAUAUUGUAAAUAUGAGAAACCAAAGGAAACAACUACAACUACAGCUACAACUACAACUACAACUAUAACUACAACUACCCACCCAACAAUUACAGAUGUCAAACAACCAGAAAGGACAACUCUCAAUAAAGAGCCAGACGACACAGCAAUGCUUCUUCCAGUGGUGCUGAUAGUCUGCGUGUGCAUACUCCUCCUCAUCAUUGCCACUCAGCUCAAAAAGCUGGAUCUUGGUUGCCUCACAUUUGAUGAUUCGUCAUCAAAGGACACACAGAGUAUAGAAGAAGAGACUUUGCGCUUGCCUGAAGUGUGUACAGACCUCCAGGAAGUAUGGAUAAAAGAUGGAUCAGAUCAUCUCAAUGGACAAGUGACAGAGGGAAUUUUGUGUUGAACAUAAACAUUGAAUUAUAUUCUAAAACACACACACACGCACACACGCACCCACACACACGCACACACACAUACAUGCACAUACAUGCAAAUGUAAAACACAAUAUAUAGAACAUGUAUUUUGUACAUUAUUGUUAUAUGUUUUUACAUUUUGAUAAAUUAAUUGUUUUCCUAUCUGUAAGAUAAAUUACAUAUAUCUGUUUUAUUUUUCAGUUGUACCGCAACACUCUUCAGAAUUUCAAUUAAUUUUUGACAAUUGCACAACUAAGUUUUCUUCACUGUACAAUCACAUAUCAAUUUGUGACCUUUUUUCCAGUGUAUAACCAUUGAUUUGUGACCAACUUUCGAAUCAGUGACCCUACAGACACAAUAUUUGAAAUUUUUAAAAUAAUUGUUGGUCACUCUGGCCAUAGACUAUCCACAGAUGCUCAGAUUAUCAGCAAACCAUCUGGUGCAAAAUCUGUUCAAUUGAUGGGGUAGGGUGGGUUGAAUUUGGUUAAGAUGAUGUUAAGUAAUUGUGCAACAGUAAUUUUACAUACUGAACUGGAAUGUCAGUAGAUAAUAUCUGAAGUCUCUGUUGGCAGACUAUCUAAGUAAAGUGUUACCCUAAUUGUAUUAUAGUGACACUAUAUCAAGCCCUUGGUGAUCUAAGAAAGUCAGUGGUUAAAAGUGGUUAAAGAAUAUGUUACCUUACCAAGGAGAGGUUCAGAAAAAAAGGGCAUAGAUAAUAAUCAAUAGCAAUAAUCCAUAUAAAGCUAGUAGUUAGGGUUAUAGCUUAAUGAAAGAGAGUGAGUCCGUUUUAGGGCAAGAGCAUAUAAAUCAUAUUUGCAAAUGUCAAAAUGGUGGCAACCAGAAGAUAACCUUGGCAUGUAUCAUUUCUGUUACCAACUGCUUUCUUGCAUGUAUUAUAAAAACAGUGAUGUAAAUAAUAAUGGUUAAAUUGAAAUAAUUAAAAUCUCAUUAAAAUAAA